AGCCACUAGUUUCCUGAGUCAGAUUGUCUGCCCUUGAAACUGGAAGGAGUGGAAAUAGGUGACAGAAAUACACUAAAUCAAGAAGAAUCAAAGGUGAAAUACAAGAAGUGGAAUCCCUAAGAAUGGCCUCCCUGAGCUCCAGCGUCUGGAAUGAAACCACUACAUCUGUUUAUCAAUACCUUGGCUUCCAAGUUCAAAAAAUUUACCCUUUCCAUGACAACUGGAACACUGCCUGCUUUGUCAUUCUGCUUUUAUUUAUAUUUACAGUGGUGUCUUUAGUGGUGCUGGCUUUCCUGUAUGAAGUACUUGACUGCUGCUGCUGUGUAAAAAACAAAACUGUGAAAGACUUGAAAAAUGAACCGAACCCUCUUAGAAGUAUGAUGAACAAUAUCAGAAAACGAGAAGUUGAAGUGGUCUAACACGACAGAAGACGAACAAAAUAUAUUAAAUUAAAGGAUUCCAACUUCUGAGAAAAACCCUCUCCUGAGGUCUAGCACUGCUACAAAACUGAUUCUCCCUUUAAUGGUGAAAGAUUUCCAUUAGAAGAGAAAAAGAAGAUAAAUAUGUCUUCUGUGUAUAUGUGUCCCUUUCAUUAAAUAUACAGUAAAAUUUGCAAGUGAGA